ACUGCCUGACAGUGCCUGUGUGUCAUCUACUCAAGUUCACCAAAGUCAGCCAACAGCUGUGGUUCCAGAUUGCAUCCUGUUUCUUCUUCUACAACAGCAACGACAUCCUACAGCUUGUUUCUUCUUCUACAACAGCAAGGUCAUCCACACAUCCUAGUGCAGCCUGUUUCUUCUUCUACAACAGCAAGGUCAUCCACACAUCCUGCAGCCUGUUUCUUCUUCUACAACAGCAAGGUCAUCCACACAUCCUAGUGCAGCCUGUUUCUUCUUCUACAACAGCAAGGUCAUCCACACAUCCUGCAGCCUGUUUCUUCUUCUACAACAGCAAGGUCAUCCACACAUCCUGCAGCCUGUUUCUUCUUCUACAACCGCAAGGUCAUCCACACAUCCUGCAGCCUGUUUCUUCUUCUACGACAGCAAGGUCAUCCACAUCCUAGUGCAGCCUGUUUCUUCUUCUACAACAGCAAAGUCAUCCUGCAGGUGCACUGCAACUAUGAAAGCCUCUGUCUUCUACAACAGCUAGGUCAGCCAUUCAGCCAGUGUCUUCUACAACAGAAAGGACAGUCAUCCAAAGCCAGUGUUUUCUACAACAGCAAGGUCAGUACUCCAGAGCCAGUGUAUUCUACAACUGCAAGGUCAGUCUCCUCCAGUGAAAGCCAGUGUUGCCUCAGUCUAAAUAAAGAUGGAUAUUAGCAACCCCAUUGUUGUCGUCUUUAAAGUUUAUAUUUAAAUAAUUUCAAUCAAGUGUAUAAGCCUGUGGUCUCUUGUCUCUACUCAAUCAAGGUGACUGCAUCAUCAUUAAGCUAAGCAAGCCCAUCGUUGUCUUCUUUAUAUUCAAGUGCAGCUAGCCUGUGUUCUCUCUUCAAUCAAGGUGACUGCUUAAUCAAGCGAGCCCAUUGUUGUCGUCUUUAUAUUCAAGUGCAGAAAGCUAGUGUACUCUACUUCUCUUCAAUCAAGGUGCCUGCAUCAUAGUACUAAGUAUCAGCCUAUUUUUUCUUCUUUAAAGUGCAGAAAGCCUGUGUUCUCUCUUCAAUCAAGGUGACAGCUUAAUCAAGCCCAUCGUUGUCUUCUUUAUAUUCAAGUGCAGCUAGCCUGUGUUCUCUCUUCAAUCAAGGUGACUGUCACUGCAUCAUAUAGCACAUUGUUGUCCUCUCUUUAUAUUCAAGACUUUCAAGUGCAUGUGGUCUCUCUCUUGUCUUAAUUGCAACAGAAGCAUAUAUUUUAUUCUUUAAUUAUUUAUCAAAAUAAAUUGUGUGAUUCUAAUCAAAAAUCUUUAAGAAGCUUUUUUAAGACUGCUUCCGUUGCGUCAUCUCUGCAACUUGAAGAAGCUAUACAAGCAUCAUCAGAGCUAGGCUAACUGCAUUAUCAAGGCCAUUCAAUAGUUCUCUGUCUUUGUAUUCAAGUGCAAGACUGUGGUCUAGUCUAUUUGUGCCACGGUUGCCACUUGCCAGUGACACCUGACCCUACUGAUAUUGACAGUGUGUGCGGUAGUAUAAUCUACUGAUUCUCCUCAUAUUUUUUGGGCCAGCUGGUAUUCUGUGCGUGGUACAUACAAUUUAAGAUGAGUUCUGAAGAGCUGUCCGUGUCCAACAAUAACGACGAUGAUGAUGAAAAUGAUGUUGAUGUUGCUACAGAAUUGUUGGUGCCAAAGAAAAAUUCCACAUCAGUUGUUUGGGAAUAUUUUUGAUUCAGAAAAGAGGAUGAGAAACAUAACCAAGUAAUCUGCAAAACUUGUGCAACGAGUGUUGCAGCAAAACGAAGUAACACAUCAAACCUGUUCCAGCACCUUAAACAGCGGCAUAAGUAAAUCUUUGAACGAUGUAUGUAAAAAAAAACCCUGGUAGAGAAAAGACAACACAAACAAGCUGUGAAUAUAAAGUUUAGCAGAAAUCAAUCAAUCAUAAAGGCAUUGCAAACACACAGUGACAUCACCAUAUUCGAAGACCUCAGAAAGGCAUAGAUAAAUAACCAACGCUAUUGCAUAUUAUAUAUGCAAAGACAUGGUGCCUGCAUACACGAUUAGUAAAGAAGGCUUCAAAAGAAUUAUACACACACUCGACAAGAGAUACCAACUGCUAUCUCGCAAUUACUUCUGGAGAAAACUAAGUCUGUAUCAUAUGUGAAACCAGUUCUGCAUCUAUUAAACACAAAGAUACUGGCUCUGGAGGAAGAUGAUUCUGACCUUACCAAGACACUGAAAUCCAAAAUUCUUGAAUAUAUAUUAUGAAUAGAAAAUGAAAAAGAUGAGGAUACUCAAGAUCUGCUAGAUAUGGCAUCAUUCCUUGAUCUACGAUUCAAGACAACCUACAUAAAUGUGGAUAAAAUUACAAGCAUCAAGGCCAAGACUCAGCCAGAGCACUGAGAGAUAUCAGGUAUUGAUGUAACUGGAGUGAAUAAGGGAACCUUCUUCCUGAGCACAGACAUUGGAGCCUGUUAUCAGCAUGAACUCAUAUGUGUUAGACUCAGCCAGAGCACUGAGAGAUAUCAGGUAUUGAUGUAACUGGAGUGAAUAAGGGAACCUUCUUCCUGAGCACAGACAUUGGAGCCUGUUAUCAGCAUGAACUCAUAUGUGUUAGACAAACACAUCAAUAGUUCAACUAUCUAUCCUUCACUACAGGAAGCAACAGAAUCAUACCGCAAACUCCAUUAGUCUUAGACACCAAUGACUAUUCACAAACAUUGGGGAUAUCACAGCAGAUAAUUAAAGGAGAUGGUGAAUUGGCAGGAACUGGGAAGCAAUCAUUAUGUACAGAGAGUAAUUUAGUCAUCAAACAAGAGGACAACAUUUAUGAGUUAUCUAUUGAAAUUAUUAUCCCCGAGCAUAAACCACACCUAUUUACUGAGAUUUCAAAACCUAUUAAAGAAAGGAAAAGGCUACAGUCUAGCCAAGUAAUUCAUACAAAGGAGCAACCUUUCCAAUGUACAGAAUGUGAGAUAAGCUUUAGAUGGGAGUCACAUCUACUAGAACACCACAAAAUUCACACAGGUGAGAAACCACACACAUGUACUGAGUGCAGCAAAUGUUUUACACAAAUGGAUCAUCUGAAAACUCAGAAAAAUAUUUACACAGGAGAAAAGCUUUUCACAUGUACAGAGUAUGGAAAAGUUUUACACGAAUGGAUUGUCUGAAAACUCAUGAAAGGAUUCACACAGGAGAAAAGCCGUUCACAUGUACAGAGUGUGGAAAAAGUUUUACACAAAUGGAUUUUCUGAAAGCUCAUGAAAGGAUUCACACAGGAGAAAAGCCGUUCACAUGUGCAGAGUGUGGAAAAAGUUUUACACAAAUAAGUAGUCUAAAAACUCAUGAAAAGAUUCACACAGGACAAAAGCCUGUCCCAUGUACAGAGUGUGGAAAAAGAUUUGCACAAAUGAGUCAACUGGAAAUACAUGAAAGGAUUCACACAGGGAAAAAGCCGUUCACAUGUACAGAGUGUGGAAAAUGUUUUAUACAUAAGAGUCAUCUGAAAACUCAUGAAAAGAGUCACACAGGAGAAAAGCCAUUCAUAUGUACAGAGUGUGGAAAAAGUUUUACACAAAAGAGUUGUCUGAAAAGUCAUGAAAGGAUUCACACAGGGGAAAAGCCGUUCACAUGUACAGAGUGUGGAAAAAGUUUUACACAAAUGGAUCAUCUGAAAACUCAUGAAAGGAUUCACACAGGAGAAAAGCCUUUCACGUGUACAGAGUGUGGAAAACGUUUUACACAAAUGGAUCAUCUGAAAACUCAUGAAAGGAGUCACACAGGAGAAAAGCCAUUCAUAUGUACAGAGUGUGGAAAAAGUUUUACACAAAAGAGUGAUCUGAAAACUCAUGAAAGGAUUCACACAGGAGAAAAGCCUUUCACAUGUACAGAGUGUGGAAAAAGUUUUACACAAAUGGAUCAUCUGAAAACUCAUGAAAGGAGUCACACAGGAGAAAAGCCGUUCAUAUGUACAGAGUGUGGAAAAAGUGUUACACAAAAGAGUGAUCUGAAAAAGCAUGAAAGGAUUCACACUGGAGAAAAGCCUUUCACAUGUACAGAGUGUGGAAAAAGUUUUACACAAAAGAGUGAUCUGAAAAAGCAUGAAAGGAUUCACACAGGAGAAAAGCCGUUCACAUGUACAGAGUGUGGAAGAAGUUUUACACAAAAGAGUUAUCUGAAAACUCAUGAAAGGAUUCACACAGGAGAAAAGCUGUUCACAUGUACAGAGUGUGGAAAAAGUUUUACACAAAAGGGUGAUCUGAAAGCUCAUGAAAGGAUUCACACAGGAGAAAAGCUGUUCACAUGUACAGAGUGUGGAAAAAGUUUUACACAAAAGGGUGAUCUGAAAACUCAUGAAAGGAUUCACACAGGAGAAAAGCUGUUCACAUGUACAGAGUGUGGAAAAAGUUUUACAGUAAAUAGUAGUUUGAAAAAACAUGAAAGGAUUCACACAGGGGAAAAGCCGUUCACAUGUACAGAGUGUGGAAAAAGUUUUACACAAAUGGAUCAUCUGAAAACUCAUGAAAGGAUUCACACAGGGGAAAAGCGUUUCACAUGUACAGAGUGUGGAAAAAGUUUUACAGAAAAGAGUUGUCUGAAAAGUCAUGAAAGGAUUCACACAGGAGAAAAGCCUUUCACAUGUACAGAGUGUGGAAAAAGUUUUACACAAAAGAGUAGUCUGAAAAAGCAUGAAAGGAGUCACACAGGAGAAAAGCCGUUCACAUGUACAGAGUGUGGAAGAAGUUUUACAGAAAAGAGUUUUCUGAAAAGUCAUGAAAGGAUUCACACAGGAGAAAAGCCGUUCACAUGUACAGAGUGUGGAAAAAGUUUUACACAAAAGAGAAGUCUGAAAAAGCAUGAAAGGAGUCACACAGGAGAAAAGCCUUUCACAUUUAAAGAGUGUGGAAAAAGUUUUCCACAAAUGAAUCAUCUAAAAACUCAUAAAAAUAUUCACACAGGAGAAAAGCCUUUCACAUGUACAGAGUGUGGAAAAAGUUUUACACAAAUAAGUAGUCUGAAAACUCAUGAAAUGAUUCACACAGGAGAAAAGCCUUUCACAUGUACAGAGUGUGGAAAAAGUUUUACACAAAAGAGUGAUCUGAAAAAGCAUGAAAGGAGUCAUACAGGAGAAAAGCCUUUCACAUGUACAGUGUGUGGAAAAAGUUUUACACGAAUGGAUUGUCUGAAAAUUCAUGAAAGGAUUCACACAGGGGAAAAGCCGUUCACGUGUGCAGAGUGUGGAAAAAGUUUUACACACAUGAAGUGUCUGAAAACUCAUGAAAGGAGUCACACAGGAGAAAAGCCUUUCACAUGUACAGAGUGUGGAAAAAGUUUUACAGAAAAGAGUAAUCUGAAAAAGCAUGAAAGGAUUCACACCGGGGAAAAGCCUUUCACAUGUACAGAGUGUGGAAAAAGUUUUACACAAAAGAGUGAUCUGAAAAGUCAUAAAAAAAGGAUUCACACAGGGGAAAAGCCGUUCACAUGUACAGUGUGUGGAAAACGUUUCACAGAAAAGAGUGAUCUGAAAAGUCAUGAAAGGAUUCACACAGAGGAAAAGCCGUUCACAUGUACAGAGUGUGGAAAAAGUUUUGCAGAAAAGAGUCGUCUGAAAACUCAUGAAAGGAUUCACACAGGGGAAAAGCCGUUCACAUGUACAGAGUGUGGAAAAAGUUUUACAGAAAAGAGUCGUCUGAAAAGUCAUGAAAGUAUUCAUACAGGAGAAAAGCCUUUCACAUGUAUCGAGUGUGGAAAAAGUUUUACUGAAAAGAGAAGUCUGAAAACUCAUGAAAGGAUUCACACAGGAGAAAAGCCUUUCACGUGUACAGAGUGUGGAACAAGUUUUGCACAAAUGAGUAAUCUGGAAAAACAUGAAAGGAUUCACACAGGAGAAAAGCCUUUCACAUGUACAGAGUGUGGAAAAAGUUUUGCACACAUGAGUAGUCUGAAAAAACAUGAAAGGAUUCACACAGGAGAAAAGCCGUUCACAUGUACAGAGUGUGGAAAAAGUUUUACUCAAAUGAGUCAUCUGGAAAAACAUGAAAGGAUUCACACAGGAGAAAAGCCUUUCACAUGUACAGAGUGUGGAAAAAGUUUUACAGAAAAAAAUCAUCUGAAAAGUCAUGAAAGGAUUCACACUGGAGAAAAGCCUUUCACAUGUACAGAGUGUGGAAAAUGUUUUACACAAAAGAAUGAUCUGAAAAGGCAUGAAAGGAUUCACACAGGAGAAAAGCCGUUCACAUGUACAGAGUGUGGAAAAUGUUUUACAGAAAAGAGAACUCUGAAAACUCAUGAAAGGAUUCACAAGGGAAGAAACCUUUCACAUGUUUAGAAAGUGGAAAAAAGUUUUUUAUUGAAAUCCGGUAUCACAAAACACUUAAAAUUUACACACAAACUGUAUAUACACAGUGUAAAAACCUUUUUGCAAUUAUCCUAGAGGACAAACUCUCUAAAUAGAAGGAUCAAAAAGGAUGAUAUUGUAAAUAAUAUUUUCUAAAUCCCAGUUACGAAAGCCCCAGAUUUAAAGUGCAGAUGAAUAAAGUAGCUGUCCUCCUACUGACCAGUUUACACAACCAUUUACCAGUGUUAGGAGUUUUACGUUUUAUUUACAUAGGGGAGGAAAUAAUUAUAUUUACAGUAUAAAAGAGUCUUUAUAUGAAUAGAGCUUUAGAAACUUAAAUAAACAAGAACAUCAGUCUCAAAUGAUUGACAUCUGGGAGAUAUAUUUAAUGUGCACACCAUGUGGAUAAACCUUUUCUUAUAGCAAUAGAUGCUUAGUAUUGUGCAUGUUAUAUACCAGAGGAAUUACUGAGGGAAAUGGAUUUUAUUUCAUGAGACACAAUAUCAGUAACCGGUACAUAUGUGAUCAUAAUCGGUUUAAUUUAAAUGGCUACUACAACCUACAUGUAUACUGGGUAUGUAAUAUGUAUGUCAUGUUCUGUAACUUGAUAUUAUGUCUGUUAAAUGUUUUUAUAUUAGUUAGAAGCCACAAGAACUGAUAAUAGCACAUACUGUAUAUAUAAAGGGAACAUUAUAUGUCUGAUAAAUCUCUUUGUAUCAAGAGCACAAGUGGAAGGUAUAUUUAUACCAUUGUGUGCAUGUAUCAUGUAAUGCUGCUUUUUUCUAUAUAAUGAUAUACAAUAUUUUUUCAUGCAAAUAAAAUGUGAUUACAAUCCA